UCACUGCUGCCACACCGACGAUAAUUCUAGUGUCCGAGACUGAGGAGAUCGAGGCAAGAAUUGUACACCCUUCUCUGGUUUAUAAGGGUGCGCAUAGCAUCAACACCGCACGAACUCCAUUUUGAAGGUGUUUUAAGAUAAAAGAUGAAUCUGAACUACACGUCCCCCGUGCCUCAGUUGCCAGCACAAAGGUCAACGUCGUUCUUCAUCGAAGAUAUUUUAUUACACAAGCCCAAGCCCUUGAGAGAGGUCUUCCACUCGCCGUUCUCAAGCUCUCUGGCGUCCCGGAUGCCUCUCCUAGAAUAUGGAUACCCACUGAUGCCCACUCCGAUACUUGCGCAUCACCCGCAUCAUCCUAUACACAAGCCCGACCAUCACCAAUAUUUCUUUACGUCUGGGAUGCAAAUGCCAGCGUUAUUUCAGCAUCAUCCGGAGUUACCGGGCAAGCAUUGCAGACGCAGAAAGGCAAGAACGGUCUUCUCGGAUUCCCAACUAUCUGGACUGGAAAAGAGAUUUGAGAUACAACGGUACCUGUCCACCCCAGAGCGAGUAGAGUUGGCAACCGCGUUAAGUCUCUCGGAAACCCAGGUUAAAACAUGGUUUCAAAACAGACGGAUGAAGCAUAAAAAGCAACUGAGGAAAACACAAGACGACCAGAAAAAUCCGAAUGACUUAGAUAGAUCCAUGGAAAACUCGAGUGAGAGUGAACUCAACGAAAAAAACACAGAUGUUAACAAUGGAAUCGACCCGGACUCAUACAUUUUAGAGGAAAAUGAGGACGAUGUUGAUAUCGAGGAUGACAUUUGCUCACCAGAACAUUCACUAUAGUGCAAGUGGCAAUGUGUUUUAAAAACAAAUAGCCACAAACAACUGUAAAUGUACAUAUUGGAUUUUGACUUUUCCAUAUUAAAUUAUAUAUUGUUUUUGUAAAAAAUCAUUAACAAUAAUGAAAGGUAGUAUUUAUUCAAGCGUGUAUGGGUCACUACACAUUCCUUUUAGGCUAUGUCUAUAUGUGUUUUCCGUUACUGUAAAAUGCAUAAAUGUCAAACAACUGUGCAUACAAAAUAUAAUCGGAAGCAAUGUUCAUUAUUAUUAUUAUUAUUUAACAGAAAUCAAACAAAACCCAGACAUCAUGUUAAUAAAGUGUAUUAUUUUGGAUGUUUAUAGCCACCAGUUAAUUAUUUUCGGAGAAAAAUACAUUUCUAUAUUCCUACCCUUAUCAACAAAAUUACUCUUCAUUUCAGAAUGAAAUUUCUACCUUUUUUUGCAUUUUCGUUCAGGUAAUAUGAAAUAUGUUGCAGGAUAUGCCUUUUUGAA